AUGACGACCAGGAGACCGGUGGGCGGCAACUGGGAAUCCGAGAGGCCGACCCGAGGUUUUCCACCGCCCGCCCCGGCACGGCUGCUCCGACCCGCCCGGGCCCUGCCCGCCCCUCACCGCGGGGCCAGGGCCGCUCCCCAGAGGCGCCACCGCCACGGCCCAGUGGUGCGGGCGGGCAGCCCCACGGCCAAAGCACCGUCGGAACGUUCCCGGGGCGGGGGCGAACCCCCGGGCCGUUUUCAGGCUCCGAACGCCGCCGUGCCCAGCGCCUCAGGCGGCGCCCGGGAAUCCCGCCGGGGCCCCACGCAGCGCGGCCUCUCUCCCCCCUCAAACGCGAGGCCUCCAGGCAACAAAGCGGCCGUUGCAUCCACCCCGAGCAGCCCCGGGAGCUGCCGGCUCCGGUCCCGGGCCGCUCCCUUCAGCAGGGCCGGCCCCCGCCCCCAAGGCCGCAGGCCUCCCGCUCCGCGCCCUUCCCGCCCGGCCUUGCCUCCCCGCCGCCGCCCCCGCUCCUCCUCAGGGGCUGUCCCGCCGGCCGGCCCGGUCGCCGCCGCUCACCUGGCGCGGGCGGCUCCGCCGGGCCCUCAGCGCCCCCCGCCCGUCCCGGCCCGUCCCGGCCCGUCCCGGCCGCGGCCUCGGCGACAGCAACGGCGGCAGCUCCCAGCGGAAACCAGCCGGCUCCACCAAUCACCGCCCGCCGUGACGUCAAUGCGCCUCGCUCUCACCCGGACCCGUCGCCGCGGUAACCUUAAAGGGGCAACGCAAGGGCGCCUCAUCUCCAAGGGGGCGCUCGAUGCCCGGGGAAGUGGCCCCACCUCGCUGAGCGUCCCCUGCGGCUUUAAGGCGCGCGGGGGUGGCGGGAGGUACCACUCCCCCGGUCACCGUGGUUGA